AUGGCCAUGCAUUUAUCUGGAGUCAAUGCUGAUUCUGACUGCAUGUCCACCUUUACCCUCAACUUCAUUGUAGCUGUGAAUGCUCUGUUCCUCUCCUUUUCACCCCUGAAGAUUCGCGAACAUGCAGGAUUGAGCUGUGCGAGGCAUAGCAUUCCCCACAUGGUAGGCGAAGGAGGAUGUGGGUCUGACGGCUCUACCGCCGCCCACCCGGGUGAAUGGACAUGUGUUCCGGGAUAUCAGAGCUUGCGGCUGACCAGCCGACAUGUCCACGCAGCCCUCCCACUGGCUGUGUCGACAUUUUGGUUUUCAUUGAAGGAUUUUACUGGUACAGACUUUACAAAGGCAAAAUUGUUUCUCAAGGAAGUGGACAUGAAAGAUCUCAAAUCAGAGAAAAGCAAGCACAGAUUAAUGACCUAUCUAUGUCCUACAUGGUUUUAGGACUGCGCCUAGAUGGGCUUAAAGACCCUAGCCUAAAAACUAUAAAUGUGCUUCCGUUUUUGCCCUGUAGGACAAGAAAGCCUUAUAGACUUGCUUCUAACUGUGAGAGGAGGAGAGGCCGGGAAGGGAGAGGGAGAAGCGGAGGAGAACAGGAGACAAGAAGAAGGGGAGAGGGAGGGGAGGAGGAGAGAGUCUUGUCAAUAUCUUUUUAGUGCACAAAACUAAUUUUGUUCAUCUUGGAUUUGGUGAGCUGGAUAAUAUUCUGUGCACAGCUCCUAAAUGAAUUAUUAAAUGUCAACUCAAGAUGGCUUAACUAAAAUACUCAAUUUAAUAACCAAAAGUAUCGAAGGCAACAACAAUAAUUUUGCAGGUGAUUGUAGAGUUGUCAAGUCAAACCAUUAUAGACAAGCAUUUGGGGUUUUCACAUAAUCUCCUUCCACAUCUCAUCUUCUGUCACUAAAUACCCACUCUGGUGAGCAUAUUCCAUUUCAAUAAAGAUCAUCCCUUCGGUGCCAGCUUCUUUUUAUUCAGAUCGAGCCAGAAAACCUUUUUUUUCCUAUAAUAUAAAGCUAAACAAGAUCUCAGUCACAACCACCAAAUCUUUAUUAAUGCAUUCCUUGUGCUACUUCUGAAUAUUAAUAAAAAUUAAUAAUUAAUUUUGCCUUUGGCAUUGCAAGAUAUACUAGUUUUAAUUAGUGUACUGUACUCCUAUACAAUUAAAAAAUAAUUGAUGUCCA